AUGGAGUGGUGUCUUGUUGAGUUCACCUCUUACUUCGGGGUCGGCGCCAUCACGAAGCAGAAGCUGGCAGAGCUGGGGGGGUUUGGAAUUUUUUAUGGCGCAGAGGAGGAGCUCACUGCGCUGCUUGCGUUCGUUGCGUUCCCUGCGUUCCUUAAUGGAGGGUGUUAUGAUCCUGUCAAGUUGAUGGUUGCUUUGAGCGAGAGAGCUGAGGUCUUCCUCCGAGAGGUGGUCCGCGAUGGCCUGGAGAAGCUUGCUUGGGAGGCUAAGGAGUGUUGGUGGCAUUCUUCGACACCCAAGCUCCCGUUCCUGAUCUAUAAAUACUCGCCCACAAUGACGAUCGUACACAUGGUCCUGUUCAAGUUCCGUCCAGAGGUGACGCAGGAGCACAAGGAUACCUUUGUCCGCGAACUCAAGAAACUCAAGGAGCUCGACUGCGUCAAGGGUCACCGGCUGGUCGUUGGAGGGCCGACAAUUACUGAUCCGGUCGAGAGGAGCAAAGGAUUUGAGAUUGCACUCUUAAGCUUCCACGAGAACCGGGAAGCUUUGGAAGCAUACCAGGCCAGCAAAGAGCAUCAUUGGGUAACCAGCACAUACAUGUUCCCCUACAAGGAGGAUCUCAUCCGGUUCGACUUUGAAGUGGCUCCGGAGGACGAGUACAUGUGGGAUUUCUUGCCGAUUCAGGGCCUUACACGGGGGUUAGCGAGGGAAUAG